AUGCCGCCUUCAGUUUAUAAUUAUUUAUCUACGGCACAACAACGCACUGGAAAUUCAAACGUAAAUGCAGAUGAAUUAUGCAAUGUUUGUGGAGACAGAUCAACAGGAAAUCAUUAUGGAGUACGAAGUUGUGAAGGGUGUAAGGGUUUCUUCCGAAGGACAGUUCAGAGGAAAUUCAGCUAUACUUGCUAUAAGCAAGGAGAUUGCAACAUUAGUUUAAAAACCCGGAACAGAUGUCAGCUUUGUCGUUUCACUAAAUGCGUUGGAGUUGGUAUGAGACAGGAACUGGUACGUCUGGAACGCAUCCGGCGCAAAAAAAUAAACGACAAUAAGUAA